AUGGAAGGAAUGUCGAAAAGACCAUGCUGUAUCGGAGAAGGGUUAAAGAAAGGAGCAUGGACGUCAGGGGAAGACAAAAAACUCAUCUCUUAUAUCCAUGAACAUGGCGAAGGAGGUUGGCGUGACAUUCCCGAAAAAGCUGUCAUAGCAAGACAUUUGCCGCAAAGAACAGACAACGAGAUCAAAAACUAUUGGAACACACAUCUCAAGAAACGCCUGAUCAAUAAGAGCACUGAUUCCGUGACCCACAAGCCUCUAGCUUCCUCUAACCCUAGUCCUACCGAGCGUAAGAAGCUCGAUUCCCAAGAAGAAUCCAAUCCCAAGGAGCAGUCGUUACAGCCGGGUUCGAAGUCUCCAGUAUCUCUUUCCCUUUCUUCGAGUUUCAACGACACUGUACCCGAGAUCAUGACCAGUGAUGAGACGCCUCUAGAAAGUGGUUUCUUGAGUUGCAAAAAAAGUGUCGAGAGAUCGAGCUCAACAUCAAGGCUUUUAAACAAAGUUGCAGCUAGAGCUUCUUCCAUCGGGAGUAUCUUAUCAACCUCCAUAGAAGGAACUUUGAGAUCUCCUGCAUCGUCCUCAUGUCUCCCAAACUCAUUGUGUCAAUCAUCUGAACACAACAAGGAUCAAGAUCUCGGUACGAGCAUUGAUCUUAGCAUCCCCGAUUACGAUUACUCCCACUUUCUCGAGCACUUCAUCAAUAGCGAAGACGAAGCCGAAAACAUUGGUGGCUGCAAUCAAGAUCUCCUUAUGUCCGAUUUCCCAUCAACAUUAGUGGAUAAAGAAAAUAUGAAUUUUGAAGACAUAACCGGUUGGUCAAGUUAUCUUCUCGACCAUCCCAGUUUUACGUAUGAAUCGGAACAAGAUUCCGACGACAACAACUUGUUAUGA